CACGUUAGAGAGCCAAGAAAAUGAAGAAAAAACACAGCGCUGCGCAGAAUAGACCCUAGGCCAGAGCCAGCCGCCGCGGCGCUUUCCCCGCUGGCUCGCCGCGGGCUUCCCGCUUCGCCGGCCCCUCGUUAGCUCGUCGGCUCUUCAGGAGUCGUCAUGUGACGACUGGCGAGUCGAGACCAGCACUCUACAUGCUGAGUUGGAAAAGCAAUGCAGGUUCCUGCAAGACGCAAAAGCAGCACACACGAUUCAGGAACUCAUGCUUGAACAAAUCCAGUUCACGCAUGGCAUGACCAUCAAAUUCACAUCUGUCUAGAUUUUUCUUUCAUCUCCUAGUUGAACGGAAAAUAAAACAAGUGGUCUAAGCUACUUUCUAGAAAUUACCAGCAGCUAGAUUAAUAUCUUGACCUUAAUAUCAUGGAUCUGGCUGACAAUUAGCAUGAUAAAACUUAUCUUCUGAAUCAUGCAUCAUCGUGCUGGAACGAGCUCCUCUGACUUAGCUCUUGCUAAGUUAGGGUGCUACAGUACCCUGACUUGGUAUGUUAUAAACCGUUGGAUCGUAAAUGAAUGGCUCAGAUCUGACUACACAGUGCGUGAACAGUUCGAGACUACAGUGUUCAGUCUACAGUACAUAAUCUUGGCCUCUUGUUUUAGAUCCAACGACUAUGUUAGCCUAACUUAGCAAGAGCUAAGUUAGAGGAGCCGGUUCACUAGUUCAAACACACAAGCAAAAUCUGCAGACGGUGCUAGUACUAUGUCGCACCGAGUCCCACGAUAGGGCCUGCCUGUAGCUGUCAGCCCCACUCUACACUACAAGCUCUACAGCGCUGUGACAGUUCCACUCUACACUACAAGCCCUACUUCGCCAGUAGCUGCUCUACCCAUCAAAACUGGAUCUCGGCAUACGCCCCAUCUCGCACUCGCAGCGGUAGCUUCGGCAUGGACACCGCAGGGCUGCACGUCAUGGUGCUGCCGCUCCCGGCGCAGGGGCACGUGACCCCGCUCAUGGAGCUGUCGCACCGCCUCGUCGACCACGGCUUCGAGGUCACCUUUGUCUGAACGGAGCCCGUCAUCAACGCCAUGCGACAGACUACCACGCACGACGACAGGAAGAUCCACCUGGUAUCCAUCCCGGACGGUCUGUCUGACGGCGACGACCGGAGGGACCUUGGCAAGGUCCUGGACGCGCUCUCCUGGUGCGUGCCGGGCUACGUGGAGGACCUCAUCGGGAAGACGAAGGUGAAGUGGCUCGUUGCCGACACCAACAUGGGAGCGCUGUGCUUCGAGGUCGCCAAGAAGCUUGGCGUCAGGGUCGCCUCCUUCUUCCCAGCCUCCGCGGCAUGCCUUGGGACGUUGUUCAGGGUUCCAAAGCUCAUCGAGGACGGCUUCUUCGACGACAAGGGAUUCCCGAAACGACGAGGGGAGUUCGAGCUGGCCCCGAAGAUGCCGCCGAUCUACACUUCGCACAUGGUGUGGAGCGUCGAAGGCGGCCCAGAGGUGCAGCACGCAGCCUUCCAGCUGGUGUGCCGGAACAACCAGGCAAGCAGCCUCGCGGAGGUCGUCGUGUGCAACUCGUUCCUCGAAGCGGAGGCCACGGCGUUCGAGCUGUUCCCAAACAUACUGCCCAUCGGCCCGCUGUUCGCCGACCAAAGAAAGCCGGUCGGACAGUUCCUGCCGGAGGACACGAGAUGCCUCAGCUGGCUCGACGGUCAUCCCGACAACUCCGUCGUGUACGUGGCAUUCGGCACCUCCACCGUCUUCGACCCCCGCCAGUUCAAGGACCUCGCAGAGGGGCUGGAGCUCACCGGACGGCCUUUCCUGUGGGUCGUCCGUCCGGACUUCACGUCCGGUGCCGGCGUGAGCAAGGCGUGGUUCGACGAAUUCGAGAGCCGCGUCGCCGGCAGGGGCAUGGUCGUCAGCUGGUGCUCCCAGCAGCAGGUUCUGGCGCACCGUGCCGUGGCGUGCUUCGUGUCGCACUGCGGGUGGAACUCGACGAUGGAAGGGGUGAGAAACGUCGUGCCCUUCCUGUGCUGGUCCCGACUGAAGGUCGACCAGUACGCCAACCGGAGCUACGUCUGCGAUAUCUGGAGGACUGGCCUGGCCGUGUCGCCCGUUGAAGACGGCGUCGUGACCAAGGAGGAGGUGAGCGCCAAAGUGGAACAAGUCAUUGGCGACCAUGGGAUUGCAGACAGGGCACGGAUGCUCGGGGAUGCAGCUCGCAGCAGCCUCGGUGAGGGCGGCUCGUCGUACGGGAACUUCAACAGAUUCAUAGGCCUCCUAAUGGAGUGAGCUGCACUUCAAAUUUGACGAAAUAAUUUGGUUUGGUAGGAUGCUCUGUUCUUUGUCCUCUCUUGGCAGUGAGUGAACUUCGAUUCUCUUUUCUAUGCACUUGGAACAUGAAGCGUGU